AUGAUCCAAUACCGCGCCUAUCCCUUCCUGAACGGCAUUACGGAUCCCCAAAGCUCCUUCUCUUCAUCGGGCUACGACGAAGCAAGCCAUUUAUGUCUUCUACAGCGUGGCCUGCAUGCCGAACUGGCAAGCCAACUUCCCGAAGGCGAUCAGCGUCCAGUCGAGCACUUAGUUUUUGUCGUGCAUGGAAUCGGCUCCAUCUUCAACCUUCGCGGCGAGGGCCUUGUUGAUUGUGUCAACGAUAUGCGACGGACUGCCGAGCUUCUAGUGACCAGCCACUUUCCCUCAGCCACCGGGCGAGUCGAAUUCCUACCGGUACAAUGGCACGCAGCUCUGCACUCUGAAGCAACUGGCAUAAAUAAUCAGCUGAAGCGUGUCACCCUGCGUAGCAUCCCAAAGCUACGCCAUUACACCAACGACACACUGACUGACAUCCUCUUCUACACCAGUCCCAAGUACUGUCAGCACAUCACCUACACUGUGUCAUCCUCCAUAAAACGCCUCAAGCGUCUCUUUUUGCAGAGGAAUCCCAACUUUACGCGACACUCUGCUGGUUCCAGCUACGGUGGCGGCUCCGGUGAGGAGGAGGAGGAUUCGGAACGUCAGUCAGGCUCAGCACAAUCAGAUGAUUGGUCACUUGUCGCUGGAGACAGAGCCGAUGAGGAUACCGUGGUGGAUAGACGCGACUCCCCCGACAUCAUCAAUUCCGCAGAGGAGGCAGAGGAUUUGUCAAGAGGUGAACUGGAGAAUCUUCGUAGAAGGCUGGCCAAAGCAAAACUAUCUGAUGAGCAGCUUGGACAAGUUCUCAAGGCCGUUGCCAAGACCACCCGUCAGCCCAAUUUUUCGGCGGGCGUUGGAAUGCCCGUGUUUCAGUAUCCCCAACUUGGCUUCCCAGUCUCGGCCUGCUUCCUCCUCGGAUCACCUUUGCCCGUAUUCCUUACGGCUAGAGGCGUUGACAGACUUCCAAAUGACUACCGGCUGCCCACGUGUUCAGCCAUGUUCAACAUAUUUCAUCCCUUCGAUCCACCAUGCGCCGUCCUGAUGCCGCACCACAAGGGUCGAAAACGUCUCCACCUGGAGCUGAAGGACAACUUGGCGCGUGUUGGCGCUGACAUCAAGUCGCGUGUCUAUGAGUCCUUGCGGUCUACGUGGCGCACCCUGCAGGAGUUCGCCUCUGCACACGUGGUGUAA